UCCACCGGCAGACGCUGCUCCACUGGCCACUUAGGCAGGACCAUGUUGGGGGUCAGCGGCUGCGGAACCGCCUGGCGACUCCUUUCCUAGCUUGCAGCUCAGGGGCCGGUGUAAAGUGGCGCAUCGCAUGGUAGCCCAGCUGGCGGCAGCAGCUGAGGGCAGAUGCCAGCCUAGCAACAUCUCCUAAGCAACAGUUGAGGAACCAGAGGUCGUUGAAGAGACGGGAGCCCCGGAGGAAAGGACUCCCAGGAGCCUUGCUUCUUGGGGUUCCCUCAAGUCCUGGUGGAGACCUGUCACUUGGUAGCAAGUACAAAAUUGGAAAUAAUGGCUUCCCCAGAACUGAAGGGCCUUGUUCCCUUCAGCAAAAAGUCUCUAGAACUUAUAAAGCAGCACAUCGCUAAGAAACACGAUGAGGAAAAUGAAGAUGAUGAUUUAAAGCCGAAUCCUGAUUUGGAAGUUGGCAAAAAGCUCCCACUUAUUUAUGGAAGCCUUUCUGGAGGGAUGGUGUCAGAGCCCUUGGAAGAUGUGGACCCAUACUACUACAGGAACAAAAAAACUUUCAUGGUAUUGAAUAAAAACAGAACCAUCUUCAGAUUUAAUGCUGCUUCCAUCUUUUGUACUUUAUCUCCUUUCAGUACUAUUAGAGGAACAACUAUCAAAGUAUUGAUACAUCCUCUUUUCCAACUGUUAAUUUUAAUUAGUGUCCUCACAGAUUGCAUACUCAUGACCAUGAAUAAUUUGCCAGAAUGGGGACCAGCAUUAGAACAUACUUUGCUUGGAAUUUACACAUUUGAAAUUCUUGUAAAAGUCAUUGCCAGAGGUAUCUGGGCAGGACCUUUCUCUUUCUUUGGGGAUCCAUGGCACUGGCUCGAUUUCAGUGUGACUUUGUUCGAGAUUAUAACAAGGUUCUCACCUCUAAACUUAACUCACAUGCUUAAAGUUAUAAGAACUUUGAGAAUUUUGAAAAUUAUUCCUUUAAACCAAGGUCUGAAGUCACUUGUAGGGAUCCUGAUCCAUUGCCUGAAGCAACUUACUGGUGCCAUCAUCCUAACUGUCUUUUUUCUGAGCAUAUUUUCUCUAAUUGGGAUGGGACUAUUUAUGGGCAACCUGAAGCACAAAUGUUUGUGGUGGCCCCAGGGAAAUGAAAAUGAAACCCUAUACAACAGAACUGGAAACCCAUAUUAUAUUCGAGAAACAGAAAACUUUUAUUUUUUGGAAGGAGAAAUAGAUGCUCUACUUUGUGGCAACAGAACAGAUGCUAGUCAAUGUCCUGAGGGAUAUGUGUGUGUGAAAGCUGGCAAAAAUCCUGAUCAUGGCUCCUCAAAUUUUGACAAUUUGGGGUGGGCCUUCCUUGCCCUAUUUCGAUUAAUGACUCAGGAUUACCCUGAAGCACUUUAUCACCAGAUUCUUUAUUCAUCUGGGAAGAUCUACAUGAUAUUUUUUGUUGUGGUUACUGUUUGGUUCGCCUUUUAUAUGGCAAGUUUGUUCUUAGGCAUACUUUCUAUGGCCUAUGAAAAGGAAAAGCAGACAGCUUCUGAAAAAACUGAGAUUGAACCAAAAUUGCAACAAACUAUAAAAGCACUUCAAGAAGGAAAUGAAGCAGCUGAGACCAAAACCACACAAAUAGAAAUGAAGAAAAGAUUACCAACUUGCCUGAGCACUUCAGUGGAAAUGUUGGAAGAGUCUACUUUCAGACAUAAAGAAGAAUUUAACAAAUCCAGGAAGAAAUGCCCAUUGUGUUGGUAUAGGAUUGCAAAAGCUUUCUUGAUCUGGGAUUGUUCUCUUUGUUGGCUAAAAUUGAAAGACUUUGUGCAUAGGAUUAUAAUGAACCCAUUUACUGAUCUUUUUAUUUUCAUAUGCAUAAUUUUAAACACACAUAUUUUGGCCUUGGAGCAUUACCCAAUGAGUGAAGACACCUCUUAUUUUCUCAGCAUUGGAAACAUAGCUUGUAUUGGAAUCUUUACAGCAGAAAUGAUUCUUAAAAUAAUUGCCAUGCAUCCAUAUCAAUAUUUUCAAGUAGGAUGGAACAUUUUCGACAGCAUAAUUGUAUUCCUUGGCUUGACAGAACUUUUUCUAGCAAGUAUUGAAAGACUGAGUAUAUUGCAAAUUUUCAAGUUGGGGAAAUACUGGCCAACAUUUAGGAGGCUGAUACUGACUCUUGGUAACUCAUUAAUGGCCCUGAAAGACUUGAUUCUGCUGUUGUUCACAUUCGUCUUCUUUUCUGCUGUAUUUGGCAUGAAGCUGUUUGGCCAGAGUUACAAAGAUUGUGUCUGCCGCAUAGACAAAGAUUGUCACCUCCCACGCUGGCACAUGCAUGACUUCUUUCACUCCUACCUGCUGGUGUUCCGAAUUUUGUGUGGAGAAUGGAUAGAGACCUUAUGGGACUGCAUGGAAGUAGGGGGCCAAUCCUCAUGCAUUUGUUUUUACAUGAUGGUCAUUUUGAUUGGAAACUUAUUGAUCCUUUACCUCUUUCUGGGAUGUGUGAGUUCAUUUCUUUCAUACAAAGAUGCAACAACUGAAGAGAACAAUGAAGCAAAAAAUAUCCAGCUUGCAAUAGCAAGCAUUAAGAAAGGAAUAAACUAUGUACUUGUUAAAAUAUUGUGCAAAAAACAAAAUAUUCAAGAGAAAACAACGGACCAUGUAAAUGAUACAUAUGUUAAAGAGAAUAUUUCAGAUCAUACACUUUCUGAACUGAGCAAUACCCAAGAUCUCCCCCAAGACAAGGAGAAAAUCAGUGACACAGAGAAAAACACGAUGACUGAAAAUGAGAGUCAGUCACUCAUGCCCAGUCCCAGUGUCUCUGAGACUGUACCAAUUGCUUCAGGAGAAUCUGACAUAGAAAAUCUAGAUAACAAGGAAAUUCAGAGCAAGUCAGAAAGUGGAGAGAGCAAAGGGAAAAUAAAACAAUCUAGCUCAUCUGAAUGCAGUACAGUUGAUAUUGCUAUCUCUGAAGAAGAAAUGGUCAAUGAACAUGAAAAGUCAAAGCAUCUUAUAAAUGAUCGUAGGAGAUCUUCACUUGGUCAAAUAAGUAAAGAAUACAAGAAAGGGAAAAUUUGGCAGAAUAUAAGGAAAACCUGCUGUAAAAUAGUGGAAAACAGUUGGUUCAAAUGUUUCAUUGGCCUUGUCACUCUGCUCAGCACUGGAGCUCUGGCUUUUGAAGAUAUAUAUAUUGACCAGCGGAAGACCAUUAAAAUCUUACUAGAAUAUGCUGACAUGAUCUUCACUUACAUCUUCAUUCUGGAAAUGCUUCUGAAGUGGAUGGCAUAUGGGUUUAAAGCCUAUUUCUCUAAUGCCUGGUAUAGGCUGGACUUCAUGGUUGUUAUUGUGUUUUGUCUUAGCCUGAUAGGUAAAACUCAAGAAGAUCUAAAACCACUUGCUUCCAUUAAAUUCCUUCGGGCACUCAGAGUUCUAUCACAGUUUGAAAGAAUGAAGGUGGUUGUGAGAGCUUUGAUAAAAACAACUCUACCCACUUGGAAUGUGUUUCUGGUCUGCUUUAUGAUCUGGCUGAGUUUUAGUAUCAUGGGAGUAGAGUUAUUUGCCGGCAAGUUCUAUGCAUGCCUUGAUCAACCAAAUGGAGAAAGGUUUUCUGUGUCUGAAGUAUGGAAUAUAACUCAAUGUGAAAGGCUUAUGUAUAAUGAAUCCUUGUCAUGGAAGAAUGCAAAAAUGAACUUUGACAACGUUGGAAAUGGUUUCCUUUCUCUGCUUCAAGUAGCAACAUUUAAUGGAUGGAUCGAUAUUAUGUACUCAGCAGUUGACUCUGUUGGUGUAGAAAUGCAGCCUAAUUUUGAAAACAACCUCUACAUGCAUUUUUACUUUAUUGCUUUUGUUAUCUUUGGAUUAUUUCUCCCUCUGAGUAUGCUGAUUGCUGUUAUUAUUACUAACUUCAACAAGCAUAAAAUAAAGCAGGGAGUCUCCAAUAUCUUUAUAACUGCAAAACAGAAGAAACAAUAUCAUGGACUAAAGAGGCUGAUGUAUGAAGAUUCUCAAAAACAAAUACCUCGUCCAAUAAACAUGUUCCAAGGCUUCAUUUUUGACUUGGUAACAAACCGAGUUUUUAAUGCCAUCAUCAUGGUUCUUAUCUGUCUCCAAGCAAUGAUCAUGAUGAUAGAAAGUGAUGACCAGAGUCUACAAAUGGAUCUUGCUCUCUACUGGAUUAACGCAACAUUUGUUAUGCUAUAUACUGUAGAAUGUAUACUGAAGCUCAUCUCCUUCCACUGUUACUAUUUCACCAUUGUAUGGAACAUUUUGGAUUUUAUGGUGGUCAUUUUCUCCAUCACAGGACUAUUUCUGCCUAUGACAGUGGGACACUACUUGGUUCCCCCUUCACUUGUGCAACUGAUACUUCUCUCUCGCAUCAUCCACAUCCUGCGUCUUGGGAAAGGACCAAAGGUGUUCCAUGAUCUGAUGGUCCCUUUGAUGCUGUCUCUCCCAGCCCUGUUGAACAUCAGUCUUCUAAUCUUCCUAGUCAUGUUUAUCUAUGCCAUUUUUGGAAUGUACAACUUUGCCUAUGUUAAAAAAGAAGCUGGAAUUAAUGACGUGUCCAAUUUUGAAACAUUUGGCAGCAGUAUGAUUUGUCUUUUUCAAGUUACAAUAUUUGCAGGUUGGGAUGGAAUGCUUAAUGCAAUUUUCAACAGUAAAUGGUCUGACUGUGAUCCUGAUAAAAUUAACCCUGGGACUCAGGUUAGAGGAGAUUGUGGUAACCCUUCUGUUGGGAUUUUCUAUUUUGUCAGUUACAUUUUCAUAAUAUGGCUGAUCAUUGUUAAUAUGUAUAUCGUUAUGGUCAAGGAAGUUUUAAAUAUUGUUUCUAAGAAAAAAACUAGGACCUUGAGUGAAGAUGAUUUUAGGAAAUUCUUUCAGGUAUGGAAGAGAUUUGAUCCUGAUAGGACCCAGUACAUAGAUUCCAGCCAGCUUUCAGAUUUCGCAGCUGCUCUUGAUCCUCCUCUUUUCUUGGCAAAACCAAACAAGGGACAGCUUGUGGCUAUGGAUCUUCCCAUGGCUGUUGGUGACAGAAUUCAUUGCCUUGAUAUCUUACUUGCUUUCACAAAAAGAGUUGUGGGAAAAGAUGCAGGGAUGGAGAAAAUCCUUUCAGAGAUAGAAUCAGCGUUUGCAUUAGCCAACCCUUUUAAAAUCACAUAUGAACCAAUCACAACUACUUUGAAACGAAAACAAGAGGCAAUUUCAGCAACCAUCAUUCAACGUGCUUAUAAAAAUUACCGCUCACGGCAAAAUGACAAAAAUACAUCAGAUAUUUCUACAUUGGAUGGUGAUCAAGAUGCCCAAGGUACUAAAGAAGGUGUCUGUCUUGACAAAACUAAGGAAAAGUCAUCUAUUCAAAAUCAGAUCUAAUCCCAGUUAUCACCUUUCUAUUUUCUUUAUGGAUCUCCAGAGUUUUAAAAGCUUAAGUAACAAAACAACAAUCAGAGGAAGAGUACAGAUAUGAUCAGUUGCUUACAACCAAUGAAAAUUAAGCUUGUGGUCACAAAUCUCCAUACCAAACUCAUGUUUUUAACCUUAUAUUCAGCCCAACUAAUCUAUUGGGAAAGAUGAUGAAUUAAUAUUGCUGCAGUUUGUUAAAGUAGGUUGAAUUUGCCAUAUGGCAAUCUAAUACUUUUCUAUCUGCCUUAUUUGAUGUAAGCCUCUUCUCAAGGAUUGGGGGAAAUGGUAGUAAAGAUUAUGACCAGAAGAGGUUUCUUCAUAUAUUUUAUGUAAAAUGUAAUAGGUUUCAAAUCAACACUACCAGGGCUCAGUUGCAAAUGAAGAUUUUCUUAAUGUGAGAUGGUGGUUAAGAAAUAGUGAAAGGCUAUAGGUCACUAAAUCAUGAGCUUGCCUAAAGGAAUACCAACUGGGGGAAGGGAGAGGGUAGUUCUUUAGAAAGUGCCUUUGAGAUCAAUCACAGAGACUUUCGGGCUGAUUAAAAACUGUUUGAAAAAGAUCAAAGCCCUAUUUUAAAAUUUUGUUCCUGUUUUCUUUCUUUCUUUCUUUCUUUUCUUUCUCUUUCUCUCUCUUUCUUCCUUUCUUUCUUCCUUUCUUUUUCUUUCUUCUUUUUUUCUCCACCUCCCCUUCCUUCCCUCCUUCCUUCCCUCAUCCUCUGUUCCUUCCUCCUUCCUUCCUUUCUUCCUUCUUUCUUUCCUUCCUUCCUUCUCCCAUCCUCUCUUUCCUUCUCCUCCCUCAUCUUUCCUUCUCCUCUUCUUCCUCCUCCUCUUCCUUUUCCUCCUGCUCUCCCUCCUCUUUUGUCUAUUUUUUUUUCCUGGUGGUGGAAAUUAGUGUUUCAUUGUUCAUGGGCUCCUGGGUUCUUAUCUCUUUGGCUAGUUCUACAUAUGCUCUAAAUCUACAACAUGAUGGAUGUAGAUUCAUACAAUAGGAAAUAUAGGAAAUAUAAAUAAAACUACAGCUAUGGCCUACACUUUCCUUAUUAUCUUCUCAUUUACACACUUAAAAAUGUAUUCAUUUACUAAAAUUACAUAGUAAAUAAUAUGUUAAUAGAUCUAAGCUUUACCUCAUUAUAAAAUUCAUAUAUUUUUACCAUUUAUUUAUAAUAUAACAUUGAGUAUAUAAACUAUGACAAGUGCAUGUUAAAAUGAAUUAGCAGAAUUGACAGCUACUAGUAUAUCUAAGGAUUUUCACAGUAUCUUGACCUUUAAUUGGGAACCUGUAGCCACUUCAAAGUACUUUCCAUUGUACUUUGUGUUUCUUAGAAUUUAGAGGCAAAAAUGAACAUUCAAACUAUAAAGACUGAAUUAGGAGAUAAAAGUGUAAGUUCUUAUUUUAUUUUAUUUUAUUAUUAUUUUUUGGUACUGGAGAUUGAACUCAGGUCCUUGUGCUUGCACAGCAGACAGCAAAACCACUGAGCUAAAUCCCCAACCCAUUUUUAUUUUCUUCUUUUAUAACAUCAGUAUUUACUACUUAGGUUUUACUUAUUCAUUUACCUUUCUAAGUUUUGUGAUUAUAUCUCAUCAUAUAUAAGUAACACGUAAAGUGCAUUAUAUUUGAGAAACUUUACGACCCUAAACAUUAGUUUUCACAUUUGAAAUUAUUUUUUUAAGUUGGCCACAAAUACUUGUCCUUUGAUUUAUUCACCAAAGUAUUAUCAUUCAUAUUUACGUAGUCUGAGAAUCUGAUGUUUACUCCAUUUGUAUAAAAAUUGAUUUCAAUGUGCCUACAAAGUCCUAAAGGAUUAAAAUAUAAAAUGUAUACUGUUUACUUAAAUAAGUCAAAUACAUUGUAUGGCAUUCCAUUCACUUACAUAUCAGUAACUGUAUUUUAUUAUGAAUGCAUGGUCUUGAGCCUUAAGUAUUAUAAUCUAUUUUUGAUCCUCAGAAAUACAGUAACCUUACCAAGAUGCCUUUGGGGAAUCCCAUAAAUAAAUGCAUAUUCAGACUUUUGGGGUUUUUUUCUCUCCUAUAAAUGUUCCUUUCUUUCUCUUUUUUCUUCAUGCAAUGAAGACAGAAAAGAUUCAGUGUUAAUUUGGUGAUGUGGUGACAUCUGGUGCUUUAUCUAAGCUUUCCAGUUUUCUAUUUCUUGGGAAUGUCUUAAGAUAGAAACUGCUUCAGAUACUUAAACUAAAUCAUAACAUGCUUCUAUAGACUUCAUAAAGACCACAGAUUGACUUUAAUUUGAAAACAAUUGCUUUUGUUUGUAAAAUAUAUUUGCCAUUAACUUUCCAAAAACUGUAUAAAGAUUUAUUUUUAACAAAAUAAUGCAAUAUAUUCUACUUUUUAGAUACUAUGAAAAAUAAUAAAUACAGUAUGUUAACCAUA